CUGAGGGCGUAUUCAUUGCCAUAACAACGUGAGCUAAUCAACAAGUACCACAUGUUCUAAUACUAGAGCAUUAGAACAUGUUAGACUCAGGCAAACGCCCUGAAAUGUUCUGUCUCGCUUCUAAACACUUCUCUGUUAUUUGGUGAACACCUAAAUCUCUUUAUUCCCUCCUUUCCUUGCAUUUCUGCAUCUAUAUUUCCAUUCAACACGGGCAGCACACGAUUCGUCACGGAAAAGAUAAGACCUCCCUGUUCAAUGACCAGAUCUCAGGGGGCAACACAUCCCUUCGUCUGGCCAGGGUGAACCUCCAGGACCAGGGCAGGUACCUGUGUUACGCCAGCACUUUGAAGAACAACCAGGAGACCUUCGUCACCCUAACAGUGAGAGUUUGACAGGGCACACCCAAAAGGGCGAAUGGAAAAACGUAUGCCAAACUACAGGAGAGGAGGAGUGGCCCUGCAACAGGAUCCUUUCUUCCUCCCCAGAUCAUGUUAUCGUUCCAAUGAAGUGAAGUUGAGUCGUCAAGCUGCAGACUGAGAGACCCAAGAGGCACGAAGGAAGAAUAAGAUGGCAGAACUCAGCGGUGUUCUGGUCCGAACAGCCGUGUUCCUCAUGGUGGAGGUCCUCGUUCAGGGAGGUGCUGUUCAAUCUCCGGACACCCAGGUGGGCUGUGUGUUUGGGGGGAGCUGCGUGCUGCCUUGCCGCUUCCAGCCAAACGGUGAUACCAUCCUCCACUGGGUCAAGAGGAAUGGGAAGAACGUUCAGGUCCACUCCUACUACGAUGACCAGGACCAACUGGGAUACCAGGACCCUCUCUACAAGGGAAGGACCUCCCUGUUCCAUGACCAGAUCUCAGGGGGCAACGCAUCCCUUGGUCUGGCCAGGGUGAACCUCCAGGACCAGGGCAGGUACCUGUGUUACACCAGCACUUCACAGAACAACCAGGAGGCCUUCGUCACCCUGACAGUGAGAGCUCCUGUUACUAAAGUGGACAUUGUGCUAGGGAACAACAAUGUCACCUGUCAGUCUGGAGGAAUCUACCCAAGACCACAGCUCACCUGGUCCGUCAGUCCUCGCCCGUCUACUGUCCUCCAGAACACAACCGAGGUCCAUGAAGAUGACCGGGGACUCUAUGACAUCAGCGGCUCCUUAAGGACUGUUUACAAUGACACAGAAUCAACCUACAGCUGCUCAGUCCAAAAUGAACACAGUGCAAAGAAAGCCAUGAUGAGGCCACUCCCUCCAAUGCAAAGUGCUCCCAACAGUGAGGUGUUACUCCCUUGUGACGCCUCGGGGCUCGAUGACAUCACCUGGACCUUCAACCACAACCAGACCAUCCUCAGAAGACAAGCAGGACAAGAGAAGGUGGUGGAAACAGAGUGGCAGCAGCAUGUAAGAGACCUGUCUGAAUCAGGCAGCCUCCUGCUGUAUGUGACCUCAUCAGCCCAGAGUGAAGGGACGUACAGGUGUACUCUCAGGUAUGCAGACGAAGAAGACGUAACCCACAUUGAACUGAAGAUACUGGAGGACCCUGUUGCAGCUCCAAUGGAAAAUCUUUCCAAGAGUGAGGUGUUACUUCCUUGUAAUGCCUCGGGGUUCGAUGACAUCACCUGGACCUUCAACCACAACCAGACCAUCCUCAGAAGAAAAGCAGGACAAGAGAAGGUGGUGGAAACAGAGUGGCAGCAGCAUGUAAGAGACCUGUCUGAAUCAGGCAGCCUCCUACUGUAUGUGACCUCAUCAGCCCAGAGUGAAGGGGCGUACAGGUGUACUCUCAGGUACGCAGACGAAGAAGACAUAACCCACAUUGAACUGAAGAUACUGGAGGACCCUAUUGAAGAGGGAUCUUCUAGCACAGUUGGGAUCAUUUUAGGAGUCGUGGAUCCCGUUAUCAUUUUAAUCAUCGCCAUCAACAGUUUAUAUAUCAUAAACCGAUAAAGGCCAAAGAAGGACGAGGAAGGAGCUCAAACAACCAAAGUACUGAACCCUCUCCUCAGGAAGUCGUUCCUCUGUGAGAUAACGGGUUCAACCUCCUGACCUUAUUACCGCACCAUCAGACACAGCAGGGUAAGACCGUGGUCGCAGGAGCCAGGAUCCUUGUUUACGUUGUAAUUUAGGGGUGUAACAAUAGAAUGG